CUCUGCACUCGCCUCCGCCUGCCCAGCUCUGACUUCCGCGUCCUCCGCCGCACUUUUCCUCUCAGCUAACUGUUGCUCCAGCACCUCCAUGCUGUUCGUUAGCUCGGCCACGUCGCUCUGCAGCUCCCGCUUCUCGGUCUAGUCGUUCACUCGCCCCCGGAUCGUCUUCCCUUAGCUUACGGUUUUCCACCGUCACCCGUUCCACCUCCCGCUCGACGUUGUCGAUCUUGAUCCUGAGAGCUUCCAUCUCCAGUCCGUGGCGCGUAGAGCACUCGCUCGAGCUUCAAAUCCUGGACUGGCCCCCAAUUGUAGCGUCCGAGGUCUUCGCUGAAGGUGGUCGUAGCACGCGCUCUCGCGCAACGGUCCUUACUGAUAGUCACCAUUGAAUACUGUGAUCGGGGAGAGAGCUCCCAACUGACCAGGACAUACGACUUUUAUACAUAGUCUCACACAACUGCGCAUGCACACAAAAGAUGUUCUAGAAUGUUCUGCCGUCACACAUGUUGUGGGUCGAUAACUCUUAAGCAAGUUAGCAUAGGAAUUUCAAAGAAUGUACCCAGCACCUAUGGUACUUUACCGCUGCUUCCAGUUGUCUGCGCUGAGUCUGGGAUGCCAUGUACAAGUGCCUAGCUCUGUUUACAGGACAGUCACACAAAUUGAAUUGUGGGUGGUUUUUUGUCAUAGACACCUCGUUGCAGAUGUCUAUUGGCAUUUGCAGGUGUACAAAAACAGCGAUUCCAAAGUCAUUUUCUGUGCAACCAGACCACUUCUGUGUGCAGGAAGAGUAGAAGGCGGGGCUGGUUCAGUAGUGGUUGUAAAAGGCGUUGCUUCCUGUGAACCGCACACUAGCAGCUGCAAGAAGUCUGUGGAAAGUUUCUGGAGCUCCGUGUCAGACAUCAUGUCCAGUAUCUCGCUUGGAAAAAUUGUCAUUCUCCUGGUGCAACUCUAA